UAGCCAGUAUAGGUGGGCGGUUAUUCGCCAGGACCCGCCUACCUUGAAUUUACGUUUGGUUGCACGCAGUAUGCAAUUUCACUUUGUUUUAUUCAACGUUUAGCGUGACGGAAGCAGAGCGGAUUCUACAGUCGAUUUUCGCUUCUCCUGCUUUUUCUUCUCCCACUGGAAGUCACCAUUUCAACGUUUACGCUGUUCCGGCAUAAUGUCAAGACCAGUAAGGAACAGAAAAGUGGUGAACUACUCGCAAUUCAACGAGUCUGACGAUGCAGAUGAAGAGUACGGUGACUCUAAUCCCAAGAAGGUGCGUAGUGCGGCACCCCGUGAGCUGAAGCACAAGAGCUCCAAGAAUUCACAAGAUGAAAGUGAGGACUCUGAGGACAAACUCUCCAAAUCCAAAAAUGAUUCUGCUGAUGACUUUGGUAGUGACGACGAAGAAAAUGACUUUGGCGAGGAAGAAGAUGGAGGAAGCGAUUAUGAAGAAAAGAAAAUCAAAAGAGGCAAGAAACCCAAGAUUGAGAAGCCUAGCAGAAGGACGCCAAAAAGAAAACGUGACACAGAUUGCAGCGACGACGAUGACGACGACGACAAGGAGCUCAGCCGAAAGCGAACGGUACGUCAGGCCGCUUCCAAGGCUGUGUCCAAACAAAGAGAGAUCCUUCUGGGCGACGGAGGCAGUGAGGACGAAGAACACGAAGACCAAGAGGAACCCUACCUUGAUCCUGAUGAAUCUGGCAGCGAUGAGGACUUUACGGUGGAAGAUGACGACGACAGCGACUACGGUCAAUCCAAAAAGAGAAGCAAGAAGGUUAUUCGACGAGGCCGAAUGGACAAGGAGAAGAAAUCUCCCAAACCCAGAUUAAAGGCUACAGUCAACCCUAGCCCCAUGAAAGUUAAGGGCAAAGGCCACACCACCACCAAGGCUUUGGAAAAGAGUUCACCCAAAGAGGAGGAAGAUGAUCCUGAGAGUCCCUUGGAGGAGGAAGAGGGGGAAGCUGAGAAGAAAGAAUCCUCCCCUGCCCCCAAGAUGACAAAGAAAGGUGCCGGAGAGGAGGAGGAGGAGCAGCAGCAGGAGGAGGAGGAGGAAGAGGAGGAGGAGGAAGAGGAGGAGGAAGGUGGCUCGGAGGAGGAAGCCCCCUCUGGGGAAGACUAGAUCAUUUCUCAUACGCUUUUCAUGGUUCAGUUUGGUUUUUUUGUCCUCUUGGUGGCCUGGAUACAUGGUUUGGACUAGAUGUGCUUGACUUCUGUUUUAUUCCCCCCUCUCUCGACUCACCUCGAGCAUGGAUCACAGCCGACCCGUACCAUCGUCUGAUAUCCCACGUGAGCCAUUCUUUUGACCUUCCCUCCCUCCCUCCUUCCUUCCUUCCUUCCUUCCUUCCUUCCUUCCUUCCUUCCAACAGGAAAACAUUCUGACGCUUCUGAAACAAAUCUACCGAUAUUUGUUUGUGGUUCCUCGAUAAUCCGUCCUGCGUACGCAACAGAUUUCAUUCUUUUUUCUUUUUUUUUCCCCUCCUUGAAAUGCAAGUCUCGUUCUUUUCCUGGCAGUUGCUGUGAGGCGCUAAAUUUCCAGACAUGUUCCUUUUAACAAAAAACCGUUUCAUUUUACCAUUGCUACAUUGGUAAAUGUAUCGCCGGGUUGUCUUUUAUUGUCGUCUUUUAUUUUGUGCUUUGCGGGUGGAGCGGUAAACCGAGAGAAUAAAAGAAAAUAAAGUUUGCAAUUUUGGAAAGGAUUCAUUUGGUUGAAUGUACUUCAUCGAUCACUGUGAUAGGUCUGCUGUUUCAUAAGGCAUUCUUCAUUCACUUUUAAUAGGCCAGCAUGUGUUCAUGCCCAAUUUUCUAUUUCCAAUUGCCUACCUUCAUUCAUGGUUGCUUCUGCUUCAAGGUUUCUAACCAUGCACAAUCUCUGCAGUCUCACUGUAGCCAUUUAAUCAUUUAUACCAUGCAGGCACCACCUAGUUUAUUUUAUUUUAUUUUGAAAGAAUGCAUCUUUUCUUCCUCAAAUUUGUGGAUGAUCUUUUUUGUUCAUUGUAUUAGUUCUAUAUUAUUUUUUUUAAUGUUUGUUUUUUAAGAAACGAAAUAAAGUAUCUUGAUUGAAAAUCU